UGCACCGCAACAAAAGAAUCAUCUUGCGGCCUUUUUUGAUUCAUCGCCCUUUUACUCUUUCAUCCUCAUUCUCAUUUUCAUUUUCAUUUUCAUUUUCAUUUUCAUUUUCAUUUUCUCAUUCGAAAUCAAGGAUCAGCUACUGCUUUCUUUCUCUCUCUGAUACUCAUGACACAGCACAACCUUCUUCGUCCUACCAAUGUUUUGCCCUUUUCAGAAAUGCCCGUAAUCCCUCCUCGAUUGCAGCUACAGGAGCAACAGCGGACGCUAGAGAAACAUCGACGACAACAGCUGCGUCAUAAGCAAUCCCAACCCAUCCUGCGCACACAGCGUUCGUUUCAACACGACCACCAACAAGCACGCCAUAGCAGAAGUUAUAGCAAUGGUAGUAAUACUCUAACAAAACCAAGAUUAUUCGAAUGCACAGCAACUUCUCCCACCUCACCCACUGCUCACUCAGGACAUUCCAACUACAAUGUCAGCAAUAAUAGCAUUGACAAUAUUAGCAAAAAUCAUAGUAAAAACGACUAUGGUCACAAUCAUAACCAUGAUCAUACCUGUGUCGAUAACAAUGGCAGUAGCAAUAGCAAUAGAAAUCUCGGCAUGGCUAAAGGUAGGAUGCGUUCAGGAUCCAACCCUGCCCCUAGCAGUAACAGCAGACAUUAUAGGAAUAAUUCAAAUGCGAACAAUCUUCAAGAAGACUGGGCUUCGAGUUUAUCCACUCGAUCCAACACCACAGGAUCAUCCUUUCAGGAUCGAUUAAGAGAACGUGAUCGAGAGAGGCAACAGAAGGAGAGAGAAGAACGUGAGAUGGCUGUAAAAGCGCUCCGUGAGGAUACCAAUCAAAGUGCGUUCAACACAACAUCAGAUCUUUUCGCUGCAACUACACCAGCUGUACAAAGCACAGGAACAACGCUCUUGAAUAAACUACGAGCAACUAAAGACGUUAUCAAUGACGCUAUCGCAGGUGAGGAGCGCUGGCCAGAUUCUGAUGACUCGGAAUAUGGAGGCGAAUCUCAUGUUCGUCGUGUGCUCCGAGAAUAUGCAGAUAAGAAAGAAACUACACAAGCGGCUGCCAAGAUUGCAGAACUUGAGGCGAUCCCAAUUAUACCCACAAAGUCCGGAUCAAGGUCUCAAAACACUAGGCGUAUGGUUCGAAAGGAGAACAUCAUCAAUAACGUUCGCGCUAUCAACACAACGAACAUAAUCAAUUACUCUAUCUCGCCACAGGCCUCGCCCUCAGCAACAUCUGGUCUCCCCACACCGCCCUCCCCUCUAGAUAUGAAUUCUUAUUCACAACACCAGAGAGCAAGAGGCGGUAAUAAUGUGUCAUCACGACCAGAAGAUAGCACAAAAGGACGCGAAAAUAGCGACAGGAGUUUGAUCAAUGAUCACCAAAAUAACCCCAUCAAUAGCAACACCACGCUGCAUCCGCCAGUGCGGAUAAACAGAUUCCGUACUAGUAGUGAUGCUAGUCUGAGUGAAGCCCUAGGUCGACUGGAAGGUAAACGGAAUCAGGAUGCAUUGAUAGCACAAGUCAGUCAUUUGGGAAGCACAAGAGCUAGAUCUCCUCAUCGUAGUAACCGCACAUUCAAAGAAAACAUCGACACCUCGCCUCCUCCGCCAUUACCUACACCCAAGAAUAACUUCCGUCAACAUCAGCAGACGACACCACGGUCGUUAUCCCCGCCAUCUUCUGCUACAACACCGUCGCCGCUGACGUCGUCCUCUUCUCAACGACUGAAUAACCUUGGUGCAUAUGGCCAAUGGAAACAACAGCAGGAAUAGCAAUAGCUUUGUGUGAUCAUUAAAAAUGUGCGGUGUCAUGUGUGUAUGUAUCCAACCAAAUGUGAAUUGUUUCAUCU